UUAGCAAUGUCCACCAUGUGCCUGAUGGGGUUCGAUGCAUUGACACCGAAAUUCAAUGAAAUAUGUGCUCGACUUCAUGCGAUGCAUUUCGAUAGAUUCGAUUACGCAGCCUUUAAAGUGAUGACACUUUUCGAAGACCAAGGUGCGAGAUGUGCUGUGAACAAUCGUGCGCUAACAUCUCACGUUCACGCUACAGUUUUAUCAUCAUGGACAGCUUACAGAUGCGUUGCAAAUGCUCAUGAACAUCCGAUGUAUGAGGCUUAUUCAGAACUGAAGAUUUUGGCACGCCAAGCAGCUCAUUUACUGAGCAAAUAUUCGACAGUUGGAAUGGAGGAAAAUCUACUGAAGGAGAUGCUAGCUCGAGAAGAUCUUCUGCAAUAUCCGCAAUAG